AAACAUUGGCAUCCUUUCUCAUGGUAGGUAUCCCAAAAUGUAUGGCAAGUCGACGAGCUCUUGUGAUUGAAGAAGCUUUAACAUCUCUCCAUGGACGACAUCAAAGAACUGGUCUUCCUUCGCCUUUGAUUUCGAGAGUUCGCGUAAACGAAUUGUUUUGAUCUUUCAGUUCGAUUUCCUUUUUGCAGCUUCAAUCAUACUCCUUCCCACAACCUUUUCCAUGUAAUCUUCUUGCAGAAAUCUCGAAACAUCCGCAUUUGGGGAUCUGGAAUUCUGAACUUACAUAAUCUUUAAGAAGGGAAAAAAAAUUAACAAAUUCUUAAAAAAAAGAGUAAUUUCCCAUAAAUAUUUUUAAAAAAUCACAUAUUGACCUUUUUUUUUUUUUUUUUUUUCUGGAAUUAUCUAAUUUUCUUGUCUCAUAUAAAAAUCACGAAAUCCCCCACCUCCUGUUCUUCUUCCCCUUUCCUGCAGACUCGGUGGGCUCCGAUUUCAAUCGGCGGAACUGAAACUUCGAAGGAACCAAAUAACUGUGUCGUCUACACUGGAUGGCUUCUCUUGCGCUCUCCAAUCCAACUCUAUCCACUCCGUUUCUGCCACAAAAAUUUUUCUGUAAUGGAAAUCUGAAGAAGGCCACAGCAGCAGGCCCUUAUAUCCCCAUUUUUCGAAGCUUUAGAAGCCCUAGAUGUGCAGUUAAUGCCCCUUAUGAAGGUAACACCCCAAAGUUUCCUCGGAUGAAUGUUUGGGAUCCUUAUAAACGUCUUGGUGUGAGUCCUUUUGCUUCUGAGGAGGAAAUUUGGGGAUCUCGCAAUUUUCUUUUGCAACAGUAUGAUGGGCAUGAGAGAAGUGCAGAAUCAAUAGAAGCCGCUUUUGAGAAGCUACUUAUGACCAGCUUUAGAGAAAGAAAGAAAACAAAAAUAAAUUUGAAAAGCAGGCUAAAAAAGAAAGUGGAAGAGUCUCCACCUUGGGUCAAAAGUUUACUUAAUUUUGUAGAAGUUCCUCCAGUUGAAGUUAUAUUCAGAAGGUUGUUCUUGUUUGCAUUCAUGGGUGGCUGGAGUAUCAUGAAUUCAGCUGAAGGUGGACCUGCUUUUCAGGUUGCAGUCUCGUUAGGAGCAUGCAUAUACUUCCUCAAUGAGAAAACAAAGAGUUUAGCUAGAGCUUUCAUCAUCGGAUUUGGAGGUCUUGUGGCGGGGUGGAUAGUUGGGUCGAUCGUUGGCCCAACAAUUCCAACUUUCUUGAUACACCCUACUUGGACGCUUGAACUUCUAACAUCAUUGGUGGUAUAUGUUUUCUUGUUCCUAGCUUGCACAUUUCUCAAGUGAAUUCUUACUUUCUAGUUUGUGAUCCAGUAGGAUCAAACUUUGACACUUGAAUUUUGUUAUUGGUGGGUCAUCAACCUUUUGUAUUUCAUGAUUUUGAGUUCUGACAGGGAUUAUUAAACCAUAGUUCUUACUAUCAAUGUGUUUUCAGCGGUUUUACAUA